AUGAUAAAAUCGAACUUGAAACCACCGUUGGAAAUUUCGGCUAAAGAUAAAUAUGCAAGUGUUCAGACUAUAGCUUACCAAUCAAAGGACGUCAAUGCCGUAUUUUGUCCUGUCAUGGCCGUUUUGAGGGACAGGCUUCUCGCGAUAUUAAAACCUAAGAUAAUGAUAAUGACUGGUAUGUCCAACGCUGAUUUUGAGAUCGAGGUUAACAAAAGGUUUGAUGCGCGUAUUUUGAAGGAUUCAAGACAGAUUGAAUGUGAUAUGUCAAAGUAUGAUAAGGCUCAAGAACAAGCCGUUUUCGAGGCGGAAAUUGAAUUGUAUAGGUUAUUGGGAAUGGAUGAUUGGCUUUUGGACAUAUGGCGCGAGGCUCAUGUUUCGUCUAGAAUCAGGGAUAGGCAGAACGGAGUUAGUAUUUCUGUGAAUUACCAGCGUAGAUCGGGCGAUGCUAGUACUUUCUUCGGAAAUACCUUGGUUUUGCUAAUGACUAUGGCCGCGUGUUAUGAUUUUGAUGAUGUUUAUGCGGGAUUUUUCGCAGGUGAUGAUAGUGUCAUGUACUUUAGCGGUCUUCGUAACUAUGAUCUUUACGAUCCGUCCUCUAGAAUGGCGGAUCUUUUUAAUUUGGAGUGUAAACUUUUGGAUAGGUACACCAUACCUUACUUUUGUUCUAAAUUUAUAAUCUCAACUGAUACGCACACUUACUUUGUACCGGACCUGCUGAAAGUUAUAACUAAACUUGGGAGACGUGAUAUGAGUAAUUACGAACACGUCGAGGAAUAUAGAGUCUCGUGCGCUGACACACUUUCCUUGAUGUUGAAUGAGAUUAUCGUCGAUGGUCUCGAGCAGGGCAUCACCGAACGAUACAAAGGAAAAAUAACGGACGCCCAUCAGCGAUAA